AUGGGGGUGCCUUUAUUCGAGGAUAGCAAACCCUUCUAUUUCCGGAUCUGGAAUGGACUAAGUCAGAAGCUGCAAGGCAAGAAAUCCUGGGAUAAGCAUCUGGAUGAAAUCUACUUACUCCAGCAGAAAAGGAUCUGGGAAUCCCCACUCCUCCAGGCUGCCAAAGAGAACGACCUCCCAGCCAUUAGGAAACUUCUCACUGAUGGAACAUGUGAUAUCUAUCAGAGAGGUGCAGUGGGGGAGACUGCCCUCCACGUAGCUGCCUUGUAUGAUAACAUGGAGGCAGCAGUGACUCUGAUGGAAGCAGCUCCUGAGCUUAUCAACGAGAGGAUGACAUCAGAGCUCUAUGAAGGCCAGACAGCUCUCCACAUUGCAGCAGUGAACCAAAACAUCAUCUUGGUGAAGGCUUUACUCAAGAGAGGAGCUAAUGCCUGCACAGCACGGGCUACUGGGCACUUCUUCAGGCGCAGAUCCCAGAAUCUUCUCUAUUUUGGAGAGCAUGUUUUAUCAUUUGCUGCUUGUGUGGGAAAUGAAGAAAUUGUACAGUUGCUCAUUGAAAACGGAGCUGAUAUUAGAGCUCAAGAUUAUCUGGGUAAUACUAUUCUUCACAUCCUGGUUCUCCAACCUAAUAAGACAUUUGCCUGCCACAUGUACAGCCUGAUACUCUCCUAUGAUAGGAACAAAGACGGGCCAGGAUCACUUGAAUUGAUUCCUAACAAUGAAGGGCUAACUCCAUUCAAACUGGCUGGAGUUGAGGGCAACACUGUGAUGUUUCAAUACCUUAUGCAGAAGCGGAAGCACAAUCUUUGGUCCUUUGGCCCCUUGACCACUGUUCUCUAUGAUCUCACUGAGAUUGACUCCUGGGCUGAAGAUCAGUCCUUCCUUGAGCUCAUUGUCUCGACCAAGAAGAGAGAGGCACGCCAGAUCUUGGACCUAACACCUGUGAAGGAGCUGGUGAGCCUGAAGUGGAAUAUGUAUGGUCGUCCCUAUUUCUGUUUCCUGGCUUUAUUCUAUAUACUCUACAUGGUCUGCUUCACUAUGUGCUGCGUCUACCGACCUCUGAAACCCAGAACAGGCAACAAAACAAGCAGCAGAGACAAUACAAUCUACGUCCAGAAAAUGCUGCAGGAAUCAUACCUGACGUAUGAAGAUGAGCUGAGGCUGGUGGGGGAGCUAAUCACAGUCAUUGGAGCUGUAGUAAUUUUGAUCCUUGAGAUUCCAGAUAUCCUUAGAGUUGGAGCAGCAAAAUACUUUGGACAAACCAUCCUAGGAGGACCUUUCCACAUAAUUGUUAUCACAUAUGCUUGCAUGAUUCUAGUAACCAUGGUGAUGCGUCUCACCAGCACAACUGGUGAGGUGGUGCCCAUGUCAUUUGCCCUGGUGCUAGGAUGGUGCAAUGUCAUGUACUUCGCACGAGGCUUUCAGAUGCUCGGACCCUUUACCAUCAUGAUCCAGAAGAUGAUAUUCGGAGAUCUUAUGCGCUUUUGCUGGCUCAUGGCUGUGGUGAUACUAGGCUUUGCAUCAGCUUUUUACAUCAUCUUCCAGACAGAGAACCCUGAGAACCUGGGACAGUUCUACAAUUAUCCCAUGUCCUUGUUCACCACCUUUGAGCUUUUCCUCACUAUCAUUGAUGGCCCUGCAAAUUACGAUGUGGAUCUGCCUUUUAUGUACAGUGUGGUAUACUUUGCCUUUGCCAUCAUUGCCACGCUCCUUAUGCUCAACUUGCUAAUUGCCAUGAUGGGUGACACACACUGGAGAGUGGCCCAUGAACGGGAUGAGCUCUGGAGAGCCCAGGUUGUUGCUACCACUGUCAUGCUGGAAAGGAAACUGCCAAGGUGUCUCUGGCCUCGCUCUGGGAUCUGUGGCCGGGAGUAUGGGCUAGGGGAUCGAUGGUAUCUCAGAGUUGAAGACAGGGUUGAUCCCAUCAAACACAAGAUGAUGCGGUAUACAGAAGCAUUUAAGGCUCAGGAUAAGGAUAACCAUGACAAAGGUUUGGAAAAGCUGGAAAUCAAUAGGGAUAUCCUGUACAAGAAGGAACCGCCUGCUCUCUCAUUGUCACGGAGCGCAUCCAAGACUAGUUCUCACCGCGGAUGGGAGAUCCUUAGGCGUAACACCUUCCACCAGCUUCAUGAGGAGGUUGGACAUGCCAUGGAAGAAGAGGUCUAUAAUGUCUAAGAGGCCUCUUCUUUUUUCUUCCACAACACAGAUCACUUUUGCCACAGCAGUUGUCUUCUCCAGCUGUUCAUACAUGUUCCAGCAUGCUACUCACAUUCAACCUUGAAGAACUCUGCUGGUGAUGAGUUCAUGAACAUUUCAUGGUGUCUAUGCUAUGAUAUAUGAAUGCCAUCUUUCCUCUCCUACACUUAUGUGUUUCUGCUCUUGCACUGAUAUUUGCACCAUGCUGCUGGUGGAUCUGUUGAGCUAAGACCUGUGGUAGUUUUUUGUGCUUUGUAAUGCCCUACAGAAAUGAACAACAGAAGCCAGCAACGAGAUUUCACCCAUUUACAAAGAAGUGAUCAGUAAGCCUUCUCCCAGACUGUUACAUACAGUAUAAUCUCUCCCUCCAGUUUCACAAGAUUCCAAUGUUCUCAUAGGAAAGAGGGCUGACUGAAGUUCUGCUUUAUGAUAUGGUGUGAAACUGAAAAAACCUCUGUAACUAAGCUCAGGAAUGAAAGGUGUUACUGACAUUGUGAUAAUUAAAAGGACUGUAACUAUACAGCUGGCAUGCAGGGCCUGACAGGUUUUACCCUCAGAAGAAAAGCAGUCUCUACUAGCUGCAUUUUCAGUACUACUAUCUCAACAGGACUUGGUUGGGUUUGAGUUUGGUUUUAGUUUGGUUUGCUUUGGGCUUUUGUGUGUGUGUGUGAUUUUGUUUGAUUGAUUGUGUUGUUAUAUGAAUGCACUUUAAGGUUUUGAAAAGAAGUGACAACUGCUAUUCCUGGGAGGAUUUUGAAGGAUCUAAAGUGGGAACUUCUUUUCAUAAUGAGAGCAUGAAUGACCUGGUUAGGUGACUUUAAGCAAUGUGACAUUUCAGCAGAGCUAUUAAUCUCCCAGGUGAUCCAAGUGAUCUGGAUCCAAGAUCCCUGGUCUUUCAUUUUCUGUGGAAGAGUAGGAUUCUGAACCAUAGUUGUCUGACUGAGCCAUGAAGGCUAAGUAGUGAGCUACAAUAUAGCACUGAAAGAAAUGAAGAGGAAAUGUUGGAUAGAUGAAUAAGAGCUCUUGCAGAAGCAGUUCAGAAUAUGGUGUGUGCCAUCUCUGCCUCUGAAAGUCUGAAACUAUCCAAUAAACAACUGAGUCAUCCAUACAGUUCCUUUCCAGAUGAUGCUGUGCUAGUUUGUCAGUUUGUCAUCUGUCUACAGCCACUUCAAGGAAAAUGGAUAAAUAUUCAGAGAAAUGGACUGUCAUUUCAGGGUUUUCUUAUAUUCUCAGGAGUGUGGAGUUUCAUUCCAGUAGCAGAAUUAAGUGGAAAGCAAUUCAUGGUCUUCACAUUUCCUUCCCACAGGACUAGUAACAGAAACUGUGUUUUUUGAGAAGCCAAGGAUUAUUACCUAGCACAAGACUUUGAGCCAAAUCACCUUGUGAGAAUUAAAGCAGACAACGAAAAUGCUGAAUCCAGUGGAUUUCUGAUUGUAUUGAGAUAUCACAGCAAGCAUCUCCUCCAUCUCCUCUCUUGCAGGUGCUGUAAUGAGCAUCAUUACCUUUGCAAUUACAUGGGUUUAUUUAAACGCCCUGUUUCUUUUACUUGAAUGUGUAUUUAUGCUCCAGUGGAUGACUGACAGGGGAUGUCUGUCUGGAAUGCAGCUACAUGCUUUGAGUUGACUCGUUUUGUUGAAUUGAAAGUUUUGCCUGGUCUCACUCACUUAAGUAUUGUCAGUCCUUCCCAGACCCUUUGGGGUUUGUACUGGUGGUCUCUGGAGAUGGGAACAAUGUGGUACAUUAACCAGAACUGUGAAUUGCUGCUGUAAUUGUAGAUGAGUUUUCUUUCAUAGUGAACAGGAGAUAGCAGGAAGAAAAGGACUGAUGGCUUCCCCUUCCUUCCUGGCCCCAAGUAUAGUAGUAUUCUCACUGGUUUGAAAACCUGGAGAAAUACAAUAAAGAUGGAGCUAUAUAUAGCCAUUUCUACAAGAGGACUCCUAUUUGUAACAUAAUAAUAAUAAUAAUAAUAAUAUUAAUAAUUUAAAAGCUAGAUUGAAGUAAUAUAAGAUGUGUAAGCCCUGGUGCUGAUUUUGUGUUCUUCAUCGCCAUGAACAACAUGAAGAAUUUUGAUCUUGGAACUCAAACCAACAUAUUGACACUGCAGGAGGCAGAACAGAACUCAACUGUGCUAUGUCUUCAUAGAUUUCUGUAUCUGCUCUCCAUAAAAAUAAAGGAAAAAUCCAGUAGCAGAUAGUUUUAAGCAAGUGCUUUCUCUGUAAUAGCUUUCAAAAUCCUUGCACAGAACAGCAUUAGAACUGUAUGAUUUAUUUUCUGGGUUUUGAAUUGCCUAAUGUAAAUAAGGUAAUCAUAGAAUAUUUUGGGUUGAAAGGGACCUUUAAAAGCCAUCUUGUCCAAUCCCCUGCAGUGAGCAUGAAUGUUUUCAAUUAGAUCAGGCUGUUCAGAACCCUGUCCAACCUGAUCUUGAAUGUCUCCAGGAAUGGGGCAUCUGCCACCUCUCUGGGCAACCUGUGCCAGUGCUUGACUGUUCUCACCGUAACAGUUUCUUGCUGAUUGCUAUUUGAACUGGGUUUCCAGCUGCCUGAGGUGAUGCAUAUUAAAAACAAUAAUAAUAAUCCUGGAGAAAGACCUUAUACAUAAGGAGACAGAAUAUUUUACCAAUAGUAAAUCCCCAGAUGUCUUCUUGAUGUGUGGUGCAGAAUGUAUUUGGCAUAAUUUAUUAAAUCUAGAGGAUAAAGAGCUAUAGAAGAAAGUGUGAGGUGAGAAAAGCCAGCAGAUAUAAUGGGCACACAAGAAGUUAUAAAUAUUAAAUAUAAUAUAUAAAUGUAGAAUAGCUACUGUUUUCCUUUUGGACAUAUACACACGAGCUGUGCCCAUGUGAACCUCAGAUGAUGAAGUAAUAGCAGACACUAGACUAACAGGAGGAGCUGGAAGCCACUGUACAGCAGGGAAGUCAUGACAUAAUUACCAUCACAGAAACGUAGUGGAAUGAUAGGCAUGAUUGGAGUGCUGCAGUAGAUGGCUACAGGCUCUUCAGAAGAAAUAUGCAAAGAAAAAGAGAUGGUGGUGUUGUGUUGUGUGUCAGGGAGUGCAUUAACUGCCUUGAGCUCAAUGUUGUCAGUGAGAAGGCUGAAUGUUUGUGAAGAUCAAGGGGAAGGCUAAC